AUGUUAACGAAAGUGAAGUGCUGGGAAAUUGAAGACAAUUUAGACACUGAAUUGGUACAUUUUACAGACGACAGUGAUGCAGAUCUCAUUUAUAUUCCUUUAGUGUCUUACAGUUCUGACGUUGAAACAAUAGAAAAAACUUCGUCAACAUACAACCGCGGUAAUUCUGACAAUUCUUCAAAUAUUACGCAUGCUCAAACUUCCGUACAGGAUUCGGAUAAUAGCGAUGAUAGUAGUAGACAGAACUGCCUCAUAAAAAUGUGGCCGUUUUAUUGGAAGCAUCAUACCAAGGCUAUACAAGAAAAUAAUCCAGAGAUCAUACACUUUUAUAAUGAUACGAAAGGUGAUGUUGAUGCCCUGGAUAAAAAAGUCCAUAGGAAAAGAAGAUGUUAUAAAGUAAGGAAAAGAAGAUGUUUACCAGCAAUAAGAUUAAGACUAAUAGAUAUAGCAGGCGAUUUUGUAGCAAAUGCAAAUCUACUUUAUCUGUCGCACAGCAGUUAUAGACGUUUAGCUGGUCCAAAACGAGUAAAAGUGAAACAAGAUUUAUUAAAUGUUAAACCAAGAAAGAGACAAAGGCAAGAGGCUGGAAAAUUAAUAGAAUCUACUGAUCCUCAUUUCCCAAAUUUGUACAAUUUAGGAACAAUGCACAAAAUCAGUACUAGAUUUAAUGAAAUACAAAUGCGAUACGACAAUCACUUAAAUUUAUUAGAUGAAUUUGACAAAAUCCAAUCGAUUAUAGAGUCUGAAUGUAAAGAGGAUGACUUAGAUGAACAAUUCAAUGAACGCGAUACAUUUCAAGAUAGAUAUUAUGCUGCUUUUGAUUUUUUGAAACAAUUUAUACAAACUUUACAACCACGUCUAGAUACAAGCGUUGAACAAAAUUCAAAUUCAGUUAACAACAUUUCGUCGAAUAAUUUUGAUCCUCUUCAGAAUGUUUUAUUACCAAAGUUAAAAUUACUUAGCUUUGAUGGAGAGUUUCAUCAUUGGCUUCAAUUUAAAACCAAUUUUAAAACUAUCAUAUGUGACAAUACAAAUUUGAAUGAGAAUCAGAAAUUUCAGUUUUUAAAGGCGUCUCUAGAAGGGUACGCUUCUCGAUUUAUUGAAGGUUUAGACAGUACAGACAAACCAUUUGAAAGAGCUUGGAACCUUUUAGGUGAAAGAUUUGAUAAAAAACAAUUCUUAAUCGAUAGCCAUUUCAAGUCUAUUCUAAGUGUGCAAAAUAUUGUUAGAGAAAAUUAUAUACAAUUCCGUAAGUUAUUAGAUGAAAAUUCUAAACAUUUAACAUCGCUAGAAGGCUUAGAGUUAACUAAAGAUAUUUUAUACGACUCCUUUAUUAUUUAUAUUGUGUCCAAUAAAUUGGACAAAAAUACGAUUCGUGACUGGAAAGAAAUGAAAUAUCAUUCUGAAUUACCAACUUUGGACGAAUUUAUGAAUUUCUUGAAAGACAAAUCUGACAUUUUACAAUGUUUGGACGAGUCUCAACAAUCAACUAAAUCCAUAGGCAAUUUAAGUAAGAAUAAGAACAAUCCAGUACAUAUGCUUUUAUCAACAAAUAAAUCAUUGUCCUGUAAUUAUUGUAAACAAGCUCAUACAAUUUAUAAGUGUCCUCAGUUUUCAGCUUUAAAUGUUGAUACAAAAAUUCAUAAAAUUAAAAAUUUGCACUUAUGCGAAAAUUGUUUACUUGCAGGUCAUGAUAAACAAAAUUGUAAACACGGCAAAUGUACAAUAUGCAAAAGGAAGCACAAUACACUGCUUCACAAACAAUAUAAUGUAGUACCCCCGGCAAAUAAUCCUUCUAAUAAACCAACAACUUCGAUGAAUGUAGUUGUAAACCACAAUAAUUCAAACACGAUUUUAAAAGCGGAAACUUUCGCCAAUUCACUGUUAUCUACCGUCUCAUGUCAAAUUAAAGACAACCAAGGCAAUUUUCAUCAAAUAAGAGCACUGCUGGAUUGUGGAGCUCAAUCCAAUAUAAUAACUGAAAGGCUAUGUAGUUUACUAAAUAUACCAUUGUUACCUACCAAUGUAUCAAUUUCUGGAAUAGGUAAAUCUGUAUCUUAUAUAAAUAAAAAAAGUUCUAUUUCUCUUUAUUCUUGCGUUAAUGAUCAUGAAUAUACAAUUUCAUGUUUAGUCGUCCCUGUAAUAACUGGUAAUAUUCCAUUUGCUUAUUUUAAUCCUAGUACAUUAAAGAUACCGGAACAUGUUCAAUUAUCUGAUCCCAGUUUUGGAUGUCCACAAGAAGUCGAUUUAUUGUUGGGAGCCAAUAUAUUUUGGGAUUUGUUAUUAAACGAAAAAAUAAAAUUGGGAAAUAAUAUGUUAGUUAACACUGUAUUUGGAUGGAUAGUAACAGGUGCGCUUCCAAUUGAUAAUAAUAAAACAAUCAUGUGUAACCUUUCAAGUCAUAUUCCUGAAGAUGACCAGUUAAAGAAAUUCUGGGAAAUUGAAGAAAUAAAAGGUAGUAAUCAAUUUUUAUCUCAAGACGAUAUUGUGUGUGAGUCUUUAUUUAACGAAAAUACUUUCCGCAUAGAAAACGGUCAGUUUGUAGUAAAAUUCCCGUUAAAACAAUCCCCAGAACUAUUGGGCAGGUCUAAACCCGAAGCAAUUAGAAGAUUUAAGACAUUAGAAAAACGGUUCGCGGAUGUUCAAUUUAAACAAUUAUACACCGAUUUUAUUCAAGAAUAUGAAACUUUAGGUCAUAUGACUAAAUUAACUAUUGAACCCGAUGGAAUUAAAUACUUUUUACCACAUCAUGGUAUUUUAAAAGAAAUGAGUACGACAACUCGUUUACGCGUAGUUUUUGAUGGAAGCUGUGAGACGUCUACAGGGUGGUCGCUUAACGAUCUACAAUAUAUCGGCCCUAAAGUUCAGAAUGACAUUAUAAACAUUCUUUUACGAUUCAGAACAUAUAAAUUCGUGGUUUCAGCUGACAUAUCAAAAAUGUAUCGUCAAAUUCUCAUAGAUCGAGAGCAUAGACCUUUACAACAGAUACUAUGGCGUGAUAACCCCAAAAGUAACUUUUGCACUUAUCACUUGAAUACAGUUACAUAUGGAACUCGAUCAGCUCCAUAUCUGGCUAUCAAGUGUAUUAAGACGCUAGCGGAACACAAUAUGAAUCAAUACCCCAAAGCCUGUGAAACAAUACUAAAGGACAUGUACGUGGACGAUUUGUUGACCGGUUCUAACGAUUUAAUAGAAUUACAAAAAUUAUGCAAAGACAUAUAUGAUGUCUUAUCAUCCGCUAAUUUCAUUUUAAGAAAGUGGAUUUCUAAUAAUUUUCAAGUAGUUUGUGGCUUCAAAGAUAACAAUAUCUCAAAUGCAAUUUUAGAUAUAGGUGAUAAAGAAAGUUGUAAAACUUUGGGAAUCCAAUAG